AGACAGAAAAUGUUUCCACUGGGGAUGAGCAGUCUAUCGGUGGUGGAAGCUGCACUGACCGUCUUACUGUCCCUUGGGCUGCUGCUCAGCCUGGCGCAACACCUCUGGACCUUGCGCUGGACUUUGAGCAGAGACCGGGCCUGCUCUCUGCCUCUUCCCAAGGGUUCUAUGGGAUGGCCCUUUUUUGGAGAGACGCUGCACUGGCUAGUUCAGGGCUCCAGGUUCCACAGCUCUCGUCGGGAGCGCUAUGGGACAGUAUUCAAAACGCACCUGCUGGGCAAGCCAUUGAUCCGCGUGAGCGGCGCCCAGAACGUGCGCACCAUCCUCCUGGGCGAGCACCGCCUGGUGAGCAGCCAAUGGCCUCAGAGUGCGCGCAUCCUGUUGGGCUCUCACACGCUUCUGGGCGCAGUAGGGGAGCCCCACCGACAGCGGCGCAAGAUUCUGGCCCGAGUGUUUAGCCGGGCGGCGCUGGAAAGUUACAUGCCGCGCAUCCAGACCACGCUGCGCCGGGAACUUUGGGCUUGGUGCGGAGUCCCGGGCCCGGUGUCCGUGUACUCGGCCGCUAAGGCUUUGACCUUCCGCAUCGCCGUGCGGAUACUGCUGGGGCUGCGCCUGGAGGAAGGCGAAUGCAACGAGCUGGCCAAGACGUUCGAGCAGCUCGUGGAAAACCUCUUUUCCCUGCCUCUGGACGUCCCCUUCAGCGGGCUGCGCAAGGGAAUACGAGCCAGAGACCUGCUACAUGAGCACAUGGAGAAGGCCAUUUUGGAGAAAUUGCAGAGGGAGGAACGUGGAAGACAGAAGGAUGCUCUGGAUUUCAUCAUCAACAGUGCCAGAGAACAAGGCUGGGAAGUCACCAUGCAGGAACUGAAGGAGUCAGCCAUAGAAUUGAUCUUCGCUGCUUUCUUCACAACUGCAAGUGCGAGCACGUCCCUUCUCUUCCUCCUCCUGAAAUACCCGGCUUCCAUAGAGAAAAUCAAGCAGGAGCUGGCUUCUCACGAACUGAUCAGACAGUGUUCCUGCUGGCCUCCCCUGGGUUUUCCAGACCUCAACAGGCUGGAAAAGGACCUGCAUUCAAGGGAGCUCCGCGGUGAGGAAGAGAAACGGAGGACCCCCGGGGGCAGACCAGAAGCGAGAGGAGAGACCAGCUCCCUCCUGCAGCCUCCUCCCGUUCCCGUGGUCCCGGAGUCUCAUGAGAAAAGGAGCCCUGGGAACGGCUGCCCGAACGCCAAGCCUGGACUGGCGGAGCGCGAGCGCCCCUCCCCAGAGCUGGAGGCUUCGAGCUGGCCGGAAUGUGGGUGCGAUCCUGACCUCACCCUGGAGAAGCUAAGCCGCCUUCACUACCUGGACUGCGUAAUCAAAGAGGUCUUGCGCCUCCUGCCGCCAGUGUCCGGUGGCUACCGCACCGCGCUGCAGACCUUCGAGCUGGACGGCUACCAGAUCCCCAAAGGCUGGAGUGUGAUGUACAGUAUCCGCGACACUCACGAGACCGCGGCCAUAUACCAGAGCCCGCCCGAGGGAUUCGACCCGGAGCGCUUCGGCUCGGCUCGGGAAGAGCAUCGGGCGGCUGGGCGCUUCCACUACAUCCCGUUCGGCGGCGGGGUGAGGAGCUGUAUCGGCAAGGAGCUCGCCCAAGCCAUCCUCAAGCUGUUUGCUGUGGAGCUGGUGCGUACGGUGCGCUGGGAGCUGGCCACAGCCAGCUUUCCAGACAUGCAGACCGUGCCGAUCGUGCACCCUGUGGACGGACUCCAGGUCUUUUUCUACCCACUCCCGCCCUCCUGCGGCCAGGAGCCUGUGAACUUCUGA